AUGACGAACCAGCCACCCGGUGCCGUGUCUCCCGCAAAGGAGCCCAUUAGGGUCUUCGAGGGAGUCGUCAAACAGGUGAAUUCUGGUGAUUCUAUCACUAUCCGCGAAGAAGUAUAUAAUGGUUAUCCAAAAGAAAAACAAAUUACACUGAACAACAUCAUUGCUCCCAAAUUGGGCCGUCGUGCAGCAAAUAAUGAUCCAACUUCCAAAGGUACUGAUGAUGAGCCGUUUUCAUGGGAAGCUCGUGAAUUCCUUCGUAAAAAGCUUGUUGGAAAGAAGGUAUUUUUCAAAACUGCUGGUCAAGUAUCUGGUGGUGGAAAGACAACUCGAUACUAUGGUGACAUCUUUUACCCAACAUUGGACAACAAUAUUGUUAACGAGCUUGUUGAAAAUGGUCUAGUAACUGUUAAAAAUGUGAAGUCAAAUAACCCUACUCCUGAUGUUCAAGCCCUAGUUGAUCUUCAGAACAAAGCUAAAGCUGCGAAAGCUGGAAAAUGGGAUCCUAAUGCAAAGAACACCGCAAAGAAAAAUAAUUCAAUUGAUGAUGUUGAAGCAUUUUUGAAGAAAAAUUCUAAAAAACGUAUGAAGGCUGUUGUUGAAUCUGUCAUUGACGGGUCCACCAUCAAGCUGUUGUUGUUACCUGAAGGAAACAUGAUCACUCUUUACCUUUCGGGAAUCAAGUGUCCUCCAGAAAGUGUAGAAUUCGGAGAUGAAGCAAAAUUCUUUGUUGAAGUUCGUUUACUACAAAAGGACGUUGAGGUUACUUUGGAAGGAGUGCUUUCUAAUAAUAAAACUCCAUCUUUCUUUGGAACUAUCCAUCAUCCGGCUGGUGAAAUUGCUGUUGAAUUGGUUAAACAAGGUUUCGCUACUUGCCAAAAUCGUAGUAUGAAAUACUUAGAAGGAAGUGCUGAUAAACUAAGGGCAGCUGAAAGACAAGCCAAGGAAAAGAAAUUGAGGAAAUGGCAAUCGUACACACACACAGGGCCAGAGAUUGCAGAAAAAGAAAUAGUUGGAACUGUUAUUGAAAUUGUAAGAGAAGAAGCUUUGUUACUUAAGACUUCCCACAACGAAAAACCAAAAAAAAUAUUCUUAUCCAACAUCAAACCAGCCAGGCUAGGAGUUGAAGUACCAAGAGGUGAACCAUUUGGUGACGAUCAACCACCUGCUCCACGAGCCCCGAGGACUUUGGCUAAACAUUUUUACGAGAUCCCUUGGGCCUAUGAAGCACGUGAGUUCUUAAGAACACGUUGCAUUGGAAAGAAAGUAAAUGCUUCUGUAGAUUACAUACAACCCAAAUCAGAUAAAUUUGAAGAGAAAAUCUGCGCCACUGUUACAAUUAAUGGAAUAAACCUUGCUGAAGAAUUAGUAAAAGAAGGUUUGGCAACUGUUAUGAACAAUCCACGAGAUGAUCAAAUGUCGCAGUGUUUUGAUGACUUGAAGAAGGCAGAAGAAAUUGCCAAACAAUCUCACAAAGGACUUUACUCAAAAUCGGCUCCCCCUAAACAACGUAUCACCGAUUGUUCUAGUGCUGCGGAGUCAGCUCGUGCCAAGGCUCUUUUGCCUAGUCUCCAGCGUUUUCCAAGGUUUGAAGCUUUGGUCGAGUACGUUGCCAGUGGUUCCAGAAUGCGUCUUUACGUUCGAAGAGAGUAUUCGCUUAUUACCUUCCUUUUGGCUGGUAUUACAUGCCCGAGUGGUGAACGACCCAACCAAGGUGAAGCACCCUCAGCAGCUGAAGCAUACCAUCAAGAAGCAUUAGCGUUUACAAAGGAAAAGAUAAUGCACCGUGAAGUAGAAAUUACUGUAGAAUCCUGUAAUAAGGGUGGAAGCAUGAUUGGUUGGCUGUUCGUAGGAAAUCUUAAUCUUUCUUUGGCGCUUGUAAAAGAAGGACUGGCCAAAGUACACAGGUCGGCUGAGCGUUCAGAAUACUUCAAGCAAUUGCAACAAGCUGAAAAGGAAGCAAAGGACAAGAAAAUUAACCUAUGGAAAAAUUAUGUUGAAGAACCUGAAGAGGCCAACAAUAACACCAGCAAACCUGUUCAUGAAGAAGUGGUAAAGGAACGAAAAACCAACUAUGUUGAAGUGCUUGUAUCUGAGGUCAGUCCUGAGUUGCAUGUCUAUGUACAACCUGUAUCUGAAGGACCUAAAUUAGAAAGUCUAACUGACAACUUGAGGAAACACUUUGAUACUAAUCCUCCUAUUGCUGGUUCUUACAGUCCAAAACGAGGAGAAACGUGUGCAGCUAAGUUUAAGGAAGACCAACAGUGGUACCGCGCCAAAGUAGAAAAGGUUGCUGGCCCGAGUAUACAUGUUCUGUAUAUUGAUUAUGGUAACAGGGACAUUGUGACUGCUGAAGAGUGUGCCAAUUUGCCACCGACUUUUAAAAAUGACCGACCGUAUGCCAAAGAAUAUGGAUUUGCACUUGUGAAGCUACCUAAGUUGCCUGAAUAUCAAGAAGAUUCCAUUGCUGUUGUACGUGAUGAGUUCAUUAACAAGACAAUCAACAUCAAUGAAGAAUAUACUUACGACAAUCUUACUCACAUUACUGUGAAAGAUGCCGACAAAAAAGAGGAUCUCGUCAAGAAAUUGGUCGAAGAAGGAUUCUUAUUGGUUGAAAGACGUCGUGAAAGAUAUUUGCAAAAAUUGUUGACAGAGUACAUCGAGGCUCAAGAAAAGGCUAAGAAGGAUCGAUUACAUAUGUGGGAAUAUGGUGACAUCACAGAAGAUGACGCUAAAGAAUUUGGUUAUGCUAAAUAA